UUACCUUUUAGCUGAGCCAGAAGAGUGGCUCUUAAUGCUUUUUGUUCAUGAACCUCUGUUCCGAAGUGUGGUGAAACUCCUCUCCAAAGGCUGCCUCCUUCCACCUGUUGUUCUGCCCAGCCCCACACAGCUAUUUGGACCUCCAAACCAUCAGAAAAAACACACUCCCUGCCAUCGAGUUGAUGCUGACCCUAUAUGAUAGGGUCGAACAGCCCCCUAUUUAUCUUAAAUGACCUCACUCACUUGGCCACUGGUUCAGAGGCAAGAUGAGCCAAUCAGAGUCCUUACCCAGAAUUUUUAGAACUGAAACUGAGAAAGAGAAUCCGUCUUCAGUGUGGAAGCCAAAAAAAUGUGAAGCAUAGGAGCUGCCGGCAGCCAUGUAACCUGCCAUGUGGAACCAGCUGGCCUGCAGUGAAAAAGAAUGACGCCGACAUACAGAGAGAAGCUGAGAACCAUGUGUGCUCAGUACUGCAUCUCCUUUGCUGAUGUUGAAAAAGCUCGUGCUAACAUUGAAGAUUUUAUCCACCUUACACCAGUCUUAACGAGCUCCAUUUUGAAUCAAGUAGCAGGGCGCAAUCUUUUCUUCAAAUGUGAACUCUUUCAGAAAACGGGAUCGUUUAAGAUCCGUGGUGCCCUGAACGCAAUCAGAGACUUGAUUCCUGCCACUUCAGAAGGGAAGAAGCCCAAAGCGGUGGUUACUCACAGCAGUGGGAACCAUGGCCAGGCUCUCACCUACGCUGCCAAAUUGGAAGGUAUUCCUGCUUAUAUUGUGGUGCCCAAAACAGCUCCCAACUGUAAGAAAUUGGCAAUACAGGCCUACGGAGCCUCUAUAGUUUACAGUGAACAGAGUGACGAGUCCAGAGAAAAUGUUACCAAAAGAAUUCUGAAGGAAACAGAAGGCAUCAUGAUACAUCCCAACCAGGAGCCCACGGUGAUAGCUGGCCAAGGGACAAUCGCCCUGGAAGUGCUCAACCAGGUCCCGUUGGUGGAUGCACUGGUAGUCCCUGUAGGGGGAGGAGGAAUGGUUGCUGGAAUCGCGAUUGCAGUUAAGGCUCUGAGACCUAGUGUGAAAGUGUACGCUGCUGAACCCUUGAAUGCAGAUGACUGCUACCAGUCCAAGUUGAAAGGGGAACUGAUCCCCAAUCCUUACUCUCCAGAAACCAUAGCCGAUGGUGUUAAAUCCAGCAUUGGCCUAAACACCUGGCCUAUCAUAAGAGACCUUGUGGAUGAUGUCUUCACGGUCACAGAGGAUGAGAUUAAGCAUGCAACCCAGCUGGUGUGGGAGAGGAUGAAACUACUCAUUGAACCUACAGCGGGUGUGGGAGUAGCUGCUGUCCUGUCUCCGCAUUUUCAAGCCGUGUCCCCAGAAGUAAAGAACAUUUGUAUUGUGCUCAGUGGCGGAAAUGUAGACUUAGCGUCCCUAACUUGGGUGAAGCAGGCUGAAAGGCCAGCUCCAUAUCAGUCGGUUUGUUUUUAAUUUAUGUAAAAGACGGGUUUCAGUGUCCCUAUAGAUACUUACAAGCUUUCCCCUCAGUGGGUGUCAAAUCUCUUGUCUUCUCUUAAAACAGAUCUUUAAAAUCCCAAUUGAGAGUUGCUAUUUCUCAAUAAUUUAAUAGGGUUUUUUUGGGAGGCGGGGGUGAACUAUCAACAGAAAAGUGGCCAUAUUUAACUGAGACACCUUGCUGAGGUCAAGAAAAGCCAUAGCAGGCCUAUAGGCUUAAGGAGAAGAUGCCAAUGUUGCCCAAUCACAACAUGCAAGCCCUCCUGUCCAUAAAUCACCAACUGCGAGUAACAAGACCGAAUCCCUUGAGUCCGCUAUUCCAUAUCCACUUCAGGCACUGCUGUCGAAACCUCGCUUUGCACCCAAGGCACUGGUUCUGGCACAUAAGGAUCAUAAGUCCAUUUUGGGAAAACUCGUUUGUAGAGGUUCAUCAAUACUGUGUCCUGAGAUUUGAGCUUCCCAUCAAACGUGCACUUCAUGUGGCCAUGAGUACCUAGAAAGUAAACAGCAAAUUAGUCAGAAUCGAACACCUGUAGCUUGCUAGUAACUUAGUAGCACUGGGAAACUAGCCAAGGUCCCGAACCCUGCAUUCUCUCACCUAAAGGCUCCUUGAUGUGUCCCCGACGGCCCCACUUUGUUCUCAGUUCCACUGGCUUAAACCACAGAACAUCCUCUAAGAAGGAGACAUGGCAGAAGACCAAGAUGAAAUACUUACGAAAUGUUGGCCCCCAACCUCAUCCCGCACAGGCUACCAGGUCCCCUCUACCUACCUCUGCUGAAAAACAUGUAACGCACUACUGCCAUCUUGGUCAAGAUUUUGAAAGGAUGACCACUCAGAACCACCCGUUUGAUGACCAUUCGGUCGGGAUCCACUGACAACAGAUGGCCUGUAGCAAUGAGGCUGUGCAUGCCUACAGGACAAAAGUAGAGCGACUGUUCAGCAGGCGAGGCCAAAUCAUUAGUUUAGGGUACUGGCCCCACUAUUUGGCCCCCUUUUCAGAAAUAAAUAGUGCCCCCUAGUAAUUAAAAACUUGUACCAUAAUCCAAAAUAAAGUGUUGGUAUCUGUU